UGCUUUUGGAACUACAUUUCUGGCGCCAAAUUCAAAAAGGAGAGCGGCAAAAAAGAAAAUAAAUGAAAAAUUAGCCAAUUUGAUUGAUUAAUCCCAGCUUAAUCGUUCUUCAAAUAAUACAAUGUUGACGAGAGUGCCAUUCGUGCCAUUAUUAUUUGCAGCCUAUAAAGAUAAAAGCUCCAUUGUUCAAGAUAUGAAAAAUACGAUCGAGACGAUUUUUAUUGCUCUCCAGUGUGGCAUGAUUCUGAUAAAAUCCCGAAUAAUUUAUUUUUCAUCUCAUUCGUCUGUUUGCACUACCCUUUUUCUUCGCAUCACACAUGUAUGCCGUUGUAGUUAAUUGAGAUUGUAAAUAAAAAAAAAAAGAGAAACUCUGUGAUAAGGUUACGCAGGUUAAUUUAUGUUUAAGGCACUUGCAAUCCGUGGAAGAAAUUUUUUUAUGUAAUUUUUACGAGUUGUGUGACAUUGAUUCAUUUCAUAUUUUUGUUAGAAAAGAUUAGGAAUAAUCGAUAGAGAUAUUUUCUUUGAAAGAUUACCCAAAUACCAAAAAAACAAUCUAUAAAAUCUUCUUCGCAUGAGUGGAGUGCCUUAACUUUAAAAUCAUGGUUGGUUUCGUCGGUUGAUUGUCGUGCUCGCUCGCAUAAAAAUUUGGAAGCAAUUAUCAUUAAAUGUGUUGGACUCUGGUGGGUUAGUGACACACGAGACGUCCACCGAGAGUGGAGUAUUUUUCCCCCACAGUCCGUGUCCGCAGCUGUGAGACCAUGAGACUGACGUCAUAUAAAUCUAUCCUCCGAGACAGGAGAGUUUUCGUGGAUUUCCUGGCCAUUCUCUUUGGCAUCGGCUCGUGGAUUGGCAUCAAUUCAACCUUUGUGCAAUUCCCCCUACUUGUGGCAUUAGCUCCUGAGCGAUGGGACCUUCCGUCAUUCAUCGUUGUGAUUAUACAACUGGGCAACCUUGGUCCACUCGCCUACACACUCAUCCAGAAGUAUUCCCCAAAGAAAAUUCUGGAUGCUCAUGUGAUAUACGGGAUACUGGGAAUAGGGUGUAUGGCAGCACUAGCCAUGUGCUUCGUAUACGAUAUAACUGCCUAUGUGGCAGGGAUGCAGAGGAGUGUCUGGUUGUUUGUUGUUGUUUUCUUCCUUGCCCUCGUGGGAUGUUCCAGUUCGGUACUCUUCAUGCCAUACAUGGGACGUUUUAGGGAAAUCUAUCUAAUAACAUACCUCAUCGGUGAGGGCCUCAGUGGCUUCCUACCAAGUACAUUAGCCCUCAUCCAGGGAGUUGGCGGCAAUGACCAGUGUGUUUUGCGCAAUACCACCGAUGGAGGGCAAGAGUAUGAGCUGUACACUCCACCACCGCGCUUUGGAACUGCACAAUUCUUUGCCUUCGUCACCACCUUCAUGGUCGUGAGCUUGGGCGCCUUUGUGCUCCUUGAGAAUCUCAGUGUUUGCAAGAAGGAGUAUGCAGCAGUGAAGAUUGACAGGGGCAAUAAGUAUACGUACGAUGAGUCAUCAAAAAUUAAUGAAAGUGGAGAACAGCUCACUCUCCAGGAAGAUUCGGGAUUCACAAACCUCUCCGUGACAACUUACAGAGCUCUCCUUGUUCUCAUGGGGAUCAUCUGUAUGUUCGGCAAUGGGAUUUUCCCCAGCAUUCAAUCAUAUUCAUGCCUCCCAUAUGGGAAUAUCGCAUAUCACUUAACAGUGACCCUGAGCUCUAUCGCCAAUCCCCUAGCAUGCUUCUUGGCAGUCUUUUUGCCCCACACAUCCAUACGUAUGAUCUCCAUACUCAGCUCAAUUGCCACAGCCAUUGGUGUCUAUGCUGUGGCUACAGCUGUAAUGAGUCCAUCGCCACCUCUCCUUGGCAAUAUUGGAGGAGAAAUCCUUGUGGUUCUAUCGUGGACAGUACUCAAUGGUCUCAUAAGCUACAUGAAACUAUCCAUAACAACAAUAUUCCGCCAACAGGGUGGAAAAUCCUUAGUUUGGGUGGGAGGUGUUUCACAAAUAGGUUCUUUUAGUGGUGCAAUCCUGGCAUUUGUACUUAUAAAUAAUGCUGAGCUUUUUACAUCCUACACACCGACGUGUCCAGCAACGCCAUAAAUAUUGUUUGGCACUAGUUUUGUAUUCCGUUUUAUAGUUUUUUUUUAAAUAAAGACAAUUAGUAUUUAGGAGUCCUAAA